CUGAUGGAGAACAGGACAGAGGUGACCGAGUUCCUCCUCCUAGGACUCACCGAUGACCCACACCUGCGGCUUCCCCUCUUCAUCACCUUCCUCCUCAUCUACACCCUCACCAUGGCUGGGAACCUGGGAAUGCUCCUGCUGAUCCUCCUGGACCCUCGUCUGCACACUCCCAUGUACAUGUCACUCCUAGUCAUGGCCGGGCUGCUUAUCAGAGACCUGGUCAUUUCCUACGGCACUUGUGCUGCUCAGUUGUUCUUCUUUGUAGGUUUUGCAACUGUGGAAAAUUACCUCUUGGCCACGAUGGCCUACGACCGCUAUGCCGCAGUGUGCAAGCCCCUGCACUACACCUCCACCAUGACAACAGGAGUGUGUGCCUUUAUGGUCACAGCCUCCUACAUCUGCGGUUUCCUGACAGCCUCCAUCCAUGUUGGGGACAUAUUCAGUCUCUCCUUCUGUAACUCCAAUGUGGUCCAUCACUUUUUCUGUGAUGUUCCAGCAGUUAUGGUUCUAUCCUGCUCUGAUAGACAUGUCAGUGAGCUCAUUCUUUAUUAUCUUGAGAGCUUUAACAUCUUUUUUGCUCUCCUUGUUAUUUUGAUAUCCUAUGUGUUCAUUUUUGUGACCAUCAUAAGGAUGCCCUCGGGUACAAGAUAUAGGAAGGCUCUGUCCACCUGUGCCUCCCACCUCACUGCCAUCUCCAUCUUCUAUGGGACAAUCAUCUUCACAUAUCUGCAGCCCAGCUCCAGUCAUGCCAUGGACACUGCCAAAAUUUCAUCUGUAUUUUACACCAUGGUGAUCCCCAUGUUGAACCCCCUGGUGUACAGCCUGAGGAACAAGGAGGUCAGGAGGGCUUUCACAAAAAUUGUUUGGGGGAAAUAUAAUCAUUAA